AUGGCCUCAAAGGAAGAAUUUGUAACUGUGAAGGCAUUUUUGCCCACAGUCCCGCUUCCCGCAAAUAGCGAGCGACCCGCAAUAACAACGGAUCGCUUACUCGUCCGCGCCCUCCAAUCAACCGACUUGGAAGCCCUACAUGUCCUCCGUACACAAGAAGAAGUCAUGAGGUGGACGAGCGCCGGGUGCAUUGACGAGAGUAUCGAGAAGACCAAAUCCAAACUGGAUCCUUUCCUACCACCAAAUGAUCUUGUCACCGCCAAUUGUGCCAUCUGUCUGAAGGAAACGGGCGAACUUAUCGGCAUCGGCGGUUGUCAUCUUUAUCCUGGAACGCAUGGGUGGCCUGAAGUUGGAUACAUGCUAAGGACCGAGGCUUGGGGGAAAGGCAUCGCGACGGAGUUCUUGAGCGCCUGGCUGCGAUUUUGGUCAGAGUUACCUCGGACGCAGCGGGAAGUCAGAGUUCGGAAAGAAAUGGUGAUUGGAGAAGGCGAAGUCGAUGAACACCUUAUCGCUAUCACGGAAGCAAGCAAUAGUGGGAGUCAGAGGGUACUGUUGAAAUGCGGGUUUGAGCGAUUCCGCGAGUUUGUCGAGGUGGAUGAUACCAAGACUGUGAAUCUUGUUGCUUUCCGUUUUCUUCCAAAGCGAUAG